AAGUGUUAUGGAUGCCAUAGGAGAAAAAUUUAUUGAGUCUGAUAAAGCCGAAACUGGGGAUUUGAUGGAUAAAUUUAUGAGCAUGAAAUAUGACGGUACAAGUGGUGUUAGGAAGCAUGUCAUGAAAAUGAUAAAUAUAUCAUCUAAGUUAAAGGCUCUUGACAUUCCCAUUGCGGAGCCUUUCCUGGUCUAUCAUGUUUUGAAUAACCUUCCUAGCAAGUUUAAUCAGCUUAAGGUUGCUUAUAAUGCUCAGCGGGAUAAGUGGAAUUUGAAUGACCUCAUAGCAGUGUGUGCCCAAGAAGAGUAUAGGAUGCGCCGUGAAACUGUUGAAACUGUACAAUUAGCUUUUCAGCCAUCACAGAAUAAGGGGCCUUCUCAUAAUCAUAAACCUAAGUUUCGUAAGGGUAAUAAGUCCCACCGAAGUCAGCAGAAUAAAAAUCUUAGUGGUCCCAAACUAGUUAUAAAGAAAAAUGAUCAAUGCAAGUUCUGUAAAAAGAAGGGUCACUGGCAGAAAGACUGUUUUUAGUUCAAGACUUGGUUGGAAAAGAAGAAGAGUUCUUCAGGGGUUCAUAAGCAAACGGAGGCCAAGUGAGAAUGAAGUAAGCUUGAGCCUUGCAAAUGGAUUCCAAGUGAAGGUUGAAUUCAUAGGAGUA